UUCUUUACGUCUUGCUCGAAUUGCUAAUUAAUUAGUGUUUCUAGAUCCCCUCUUUACCUCCACUCUACUUCACACAUCACAGCCAGAAGGAUAGUUCUGAAAUCAAGUUUAAUCGCAUUGCACUGUACUUCAAAUACAGUAUGGACUUCCCUGGUUCUUGAAGUGCAGCUGCUUUAAUUUGGCCCACAUGGCCUUGCACGGUCUAACCCCUAUGUAUCCUGCACAAACUGACCUUGUUCAUUCUCCCCUUUCUAUACUGCAGUUGUAUUACCCUUUCAGUCCUCUGGUCAGAUGCUCUUCCCUUUUCAGUAUUUAAGACCUGUACCCUUUUCUGUAUCCUUUUGCAUAUUUAAUGAUAUUUAUUUGUAGAACUGAAGUCAAGUGAGAACUCCGUGAGUCAGAUUUUCCUCUAUUGUGCUCUUACUGCAUCACAUACCACACCUUCAUAACAUUUAUCACAAUUAUACUUUUACAGUUAUUGGUGUAAUGAUUAGAUUAAUAGCCAUCUCCUGCAUCUUACCUUGGAUUAGGGUGUACUGCAUGUUCACUACUCUGUCUUCAGUACUUAGUACGAUAUCUGGUACAGAUACUGAGAUUCAAAAACGGGAGCUAGGUUAUUGAGGGGCAGGUUUUCUGUACAGGUUGGCGGAGUUCCAAAAUACUAGUGGUAGGAAUUUGCUGAUGAUAGAAAGUGAGACCUGGGAAGAGAGUUGUUUUGUAAUGCAGUGGACCAAAAAAGAUGCCUUGUUCUGUAUUGCAGAUUGGUUAUACAAGUGUUCAGUUCAGAAACUGGUGGUAGUCAUCUCAAAUAUUGAAAGUGGUGAGGUCCUUGAAAGGUGGCAAUUUGAUAUUGAGUGUGACAAGACUGCAAAAGAUGACAGUACACCCAGAGAAAAGUCUCAGAAAGCUAUCCAAGAUGAAAUCCGUUCAGUGAUCAGACAGAUCACAGCUACGGUGACAUUUCUGCCACUGUUGGAAGUUUCUUGUUCAUUUGAUCUACUGAUUUAUACAGACAAAGAUUUGGUUGUACCUGAAAAAUGGGAAGAGUCGGGACCGCAGUUUAUUACCAAUUCUGAGGAAGUCCGUCUUCGUUCGUUUACUACUACGAUCCACAAAGUAAAUAGCAUGGUGGCCUACAAAAUUCCUGUCAAUGACUGAGGAUGAGAUAAGGACAGUGAUGUACUUGUAAUUCUCAAAUGUGGUUUUCCUGAAACCAAGUCAACUAUAGUUGAUACAUUUUGUUUCAUUGGUUAAUUUUUAGAUGGGGAAAACUUAACAUUAUACUUCUUUUGAACUGUGCAUAAUUGUUCCACUUUUUGGUACCUGUAUGACUUGAUACAGCGUUCACAUAAAUUAUUGCACAUUGUUCAAAAGGGAACUAGCAGAUUACAUCAGCAUUGUUAUGUCAGUUCCUUUGAAGGUGGUAACUGUAGAUGGAAAACUUUUGCUAUGAAGCUAAAUGCCUUCUUAAAUCAGACCUUUUGGCAAGUACGCUGACUCGGAAUAUAGGUAGAGAGAUAUUUGAAUAUAAAAUACAGCAUAAGAAGUCCGGAUAUUCAGAAUCUUUGUUUAGAUCCUGAAAUUAUCUAAUGAUAAUCUGUAAGUAAUGAAAAAUUGCUCCUAUUAGGUCCUUUUGCCAUUUAUUUCAUUUGUAUAUUUUCCAUAUUGAAAACAUUUCCAAUUAUUUGAUUUUAAUUUAUAUAACUUGACAAAGCUAUGUAUAUUGCCCCUGUUUAAAUUCCUGUGAUACAGAACUCUUAAAAAUUUUUUAUGUUUUAUAAAAUCAAGCUUUAAAUGAUGAUGUAAUAAAGUUAAAUAUGUAUGUUUUAAA